AUGACUUCCAGUGCAACAACGCCAGCACAAGACACCAUGGUGACCCGGAGGACACCCGCGGCUGCUGCUUCUGCGAUACCUGAGAAUCUUGCGGACCCAAUGCAGUUGCCGAACGAAGUCACUCAGUGGCAUCCAGAAACACAGCCUCGAGACGAUUCCCGCAUUGAAAUCAGGGAUGAUGCAUUUGAAGAUAGCAGUAUGCUUCCAUUUGCCCUGUCUGCACCAUUACAGGACCCGAUGCAAGAUUUUAACUUGUUCCUGGAAAGCAUCGGGCUGAGCCAAAGCUGGGAACCCGAGGUGGUCUCAACCAUCGAAUCACCUUGCCUUACGACGGAUUUCUCGAUAAUCUCAACGUCAAACUUUCAACAGCAAGGCCAGGUGGAGCCUUAUCCCAAUCCGCGGUUUCAGAAUGAAGAUGCUCCAUACUCGACUUUCGGCUCACGUUUGCCAUCUCUGCAACCCGAGUCUCGCGACCCCGAUGGCAGGAGAAAACCUCCCGCGGAUGAACCAGCAGCCAACGUGACAUCCAUCCGCAACGUCGGAAAGCCAGAAUACCACGCCUUUGUUAAGAGACUCGAGGGUCUGAAAGAUAUACUUCCUACAGACUUCGCUUUACCGUCCAGAUGGGCACUCUCGCGCUCGUUUGAUGGCUUCAUUGACGGACUGAACGAACACCAUCCAUUCAUCCACACCUCCACGGUCUCGAUAGAGAGCUGUAGUCCCGCACUUACACUUGCACUAGCAGCAUGUGGUUCUCAAUAUCGUUUCGAAGAAGACCGGGGGUUUGAUUUCUUCUACGCUUCGCGAGCCCUUCUGAUCCAUAGUCUGAACCGCCAAGGAGGCUUCAGUCUCGCCAUUUCCGCCACCCAGAGGGGCUCUCGGGAGUGGAACAAUAUCGAAAGCGCCCAGCCUGGUAGGUGUGAACCGAAACAGGCAGAUCUACUGGAGAACAUCCAGGCUCUCUUCCUGCUUACCAUCUUCGCGACAUGGGGAAAGGAUAGAGCGAUACUCCAGGAGAUGCUUUCCUUUCAAGAGAUACUGGCAUCCAUGAUCCGGGAAGAUGGCUUGAGCGAGGAUGAUGAGACAACCUUCAAUCUGACGACCCAAUCAGACGACAUAAAUUGGCGUCAAUGGGUGAAGCAAGAGUGUAGUCGACGGACCAAACUUGCGGCCUUCACCUUUUUCAACCUGCACUCGAUCAUGUAUAAUAGAGCUCCUCUGAUUCUGAACGCAGACCUCAGGCUGAACCUGCCAUGUUCUUCCGCCUUGUGGAAAGCCACCAGCGCCGAUGAAUGGAGGAUCACGUAUGAAAUGUGUUGCCGAUCGGGGACCGCCACAGGAAUGCCGUUUCAGACUUCUUUUGCCCUUCUUUUCGAGCGGCCACCCUCUCUUCCGAAUAAUCUCCCACUGUCAACUCCUAUGGGGAACCACGUCCUCUUGCACGGCAUCUUCCAACACAUCUUCUUUGCUCGUCAGUUGUGCACAUCCUCACCGUCACGACGAAGUCCAAGCCAAAGCCUACGUGCUGAGGAUUUGGCCAUAAUCGAGGACGCGCUUCGAGCUUGGAAACUCCGCUGGAAACAGACCCCCGAAUCAAGCACCAAUCCUCGCAACCCGGCGGGGCCGAUCGCUUUCACCUCAACCGCACUCCUGGGCCAGGCUUAUGUGCGAUCAUACCUCGACCUUGGACCCUCAAGGGCUCUCAUUUCGCAAGACCCGGCAUUGAUUGCUCAAUCAUUGAUCCAAGCGCCUCCGGUCGAACGUACCUCUGGACUUGUGAUGGCUCUGCUCCAUGCGGCACACGCUCUGUCCAUGCCAGUGCGCCUGGGCAUCGACUUCGUUGCGCGGAGCCACUCGUUCUACUGGAGCGUCCAGCACUCUCUGGUCAGCCUGGAAUACGCGUUUCUGCUGAGUCGAUGGCUCCUUGCGCUCCCAGGGUCGGGCAGCCCGACUUCGAUGUCGGCCCGCGAACAACUGCUCUUCCUAUGGAUCAAGAGGAUGGUGGACGAGACCAAAGUCACCAGAUAUCUGUGUUCACCAGGGAACGGACAAGCACAGGAGCAAGGAGGCCGCUGGGCAACGUUGCAUCUGGUGGAGGAUGAGGCGAGAAUGAGACAAUUGGGCGGUGCCAUUGUUCGAAUCUGGGCGAGGACUUUUAAAGGCAACACGUGUUGGGGCGUUGUUGACAUAGUCAGUCAGAGUUUAGAGUCAUAUGCCGCACUCUUGGAGCAAACCUAA